AUGCUUCGGCAGCCCCUUGCCUGGGCUGCUGUUCUGGCGGCGCUGACCGCGGCAGAACGGGUUCAUAAGGUAUCCAACGCCCUUCCGCCGCCGCCAACUCUGCCAACACUGCAGGCGUUCCCCGACAGUUGCGACGAGCUGAAGACGGGCGGCUGGUACAUAGUGAGCGAAACAGGCCUCCAGCUGCAGGACUGCACCAUUGGCGCUGGGACGGAUGUGAAGGUUCUGUUGAGCGGGGCGUUGAUCGUGCGUGGGAAUCUCACGGUGCGGGGCAACGCCUCCUUUGACGGCAGGAACCGGAAGUUUGAGGAGGCUUGCCUCCAAGUGGCAGACGUCCUGACAGUCUCCGGCACUGUGGUGGUGCGUCACUGCCGGAAUUCUGCAAAGGAUGGCCAGGGCGGCUGCCUGAAUGCCACCUCCUUGUCCAUGGAGGAGGGGCUUUUGGAGCUGCAGCGCUGCAGAGCGAAUUUUGCUGGGGGGUGCGCGGCGCUGGGCAGCCUGCACCAAAGGGCCGGGGAGAUGCGCUUCACGGGCUGUGAAGCUAGAAAAUACGGAGGAGGCCUUUACGUGAAGGGCAGUCUGGUCCAAGCUGGAGGCCAGAUGGCCGUCACACAGUGCCGUUCAGAAGGCGGAGGAGGACUGGCCGCGCAAGAGCUUUCCACCAACGGCACGAUCAGCUUGGAGGAAUGCAGCGCAAGCCAAGGCGGCGGCGCCGGCGUCACAAGCCUCCGGCAGGGACCGGCAGGGCGCCUCGAGUGCCACGGCUGCAGGGCGCAGCGCUCCGGCGGCCAGCGGCGGUGUCCUUGCGGCUGGCCACGUGGAGGCCUUGCGGAACGAUGGCGGCCCUGCGGUGCUGAGCAGUGGGCGCGCUGCCACGUUCGGCGCGCUUUGGGUGUCACAGGCCCAGCCCCCAGCGGUGCAGGUGCUUGGUGGCCUCCUGGCGGUGCAGGAGCUGACCGCCGGACCGUCCAAGUGGGCCCUGGAACUGAAGGCGUGGAGCGGGGCAAUCGAUGUGAAGUCGGCGAACUGCGGCGAAGUCGACUGCGGCUUUCAUGUCAGAGAGAUGUACCAAAAUGCCACGGACCUCGUGCGGCCCCUCUGCCGUGCCGGAUCUGGGAUCGCGGACAUCCCAUCUGA